AUGUACCUAGGGAAAGAAGAUCCCUUAUCGCAUCUCAAGUAUUUUGAAAUGCAAAUUGACUUGCAUGGGGUACGAGGAGAUGUGCGUUGGAGAGUUUUCCCUGCCACACUUUCAGAAGUCGCACAACAAUGGUACUUCAAGUUGACACUAAGAAGGUUCAACUCUUGGAAAGCCUUCUCCUUAGAGUUUCAUGCACAAUUCUCUUCUUCUCUCCAACUCCCACUGCAUUUAGAAGAGCUGGUCGAAGUGAAGCAAAGAACAGGAGAGCCUCUCCGAGCUUACAUAAGCAGAUUCGUGACAGAGGCCACAAAAGUAGCACGGUUAACUAAAGAAGGAAAGCUAGCUGCCAUACUCCGGGGCAUCGAGAUUCUUGGAGAGCUACAGAAAGACAUCAAGAAAAGUGGUCCCAUAGACUCAAUGAGUGAUUUCCUCGACCGAGCAGAUAGUUUCAUCAAGCUUGAAGAAGCCAUUCAACGGGUAGAUGUCGAGCCUAGACCGGGCCAACCACAGGCUCCUUCAGUUGGUACAUCUGCCCAAAACCCCCAGUACCCUAGUAGUUCAAUCCAGGCGGCAAAAGAUCUAUUAACAACGACAACCAAUGCAAUGGGAAAAAGAGAAAGUUCGUAG